AUGUCAGAAAAGAAUGGUUGGGUACUGGAUAUAGGGAUUCACUCAGAGCAUAGCCGUAGGCAGGUAAAUGAAACCAAGAUGUUGUUAACUUUCAUCUCCCAUAUAGGUACUGGGAAAACCAUCACCGCACAGAAGAUGGGAGAACUUUUCUAUAACAUGGGACUUUUAGCGACGCCCCAAGUAGUCGAAUGCACCGUAGCCGACCUCCUAGGUCAGUACGUUGGCCAGACGGUCCCUAAGACACGAAAGAAGCUCCAGGAAGGUGUCGGACGAGUUAUUUUCAUAGAUGAGGCCCACAGACUCGUUCAUGGACAAUAUGCAACUGAGGCAGUCGACGAGCUGAUCCAGUUCCUUACCCGACCGUCGCAUAAGGGCAAGAUUAUCGUGAUCCUAGCCGGCUAUACGGCAGACAUGCAUAACCUCAUAUCAACUCGACCGGCCCUUGCGAGUCUCUUCCCAGAGGAGAUUACCUUUGAUAACAUCCCUCUCGAUGAUUGCAUUGCGUUGCUUGCCGAGGAGCUUGAAUUCAGCAAGUUCACAAGUGAAGCCGGUUUCCUCACGAACCCGAGCUCGCCAGACUAUGGAAAAGUCAAGAGGCUCUUCCGCGCUAUGCAAUCGAUUCCUAGAUGGAGCAACGCCCGUGAUAUAAGAAACCUACCAAGGAGAAUUCUUGGAGGAUUCCUUGGGUCCAUCGACUAUGACUGCGCCCACCAGGCCCGAGUCAUCUCCGCAGCUCAUAUCACAGAUUGUAUGGGGCAGAUGAUCACACAGCAGAAGGAGCGCCGUACUGCCACGGCAUCAAAUAACAAGACGGCCUCGUCACAGCAGCCGCCGGGCAGGGGAAUGGGCUCCCACCCAAUAAUGUUUAGCCCGCAGCCAGCAACACCGCCUCCGGCCGUCUCUACCUCCUAUGCACUUAGAGCAGAAAGCAGCUUCUCUGUCGCAGAUAAUAGCGCCUCGAUUAGAACCCAAGGCCAAGGUCUCAACAGCUUUUUAACGUCUCAAGCCGCCGCCGUCGACAAAGGAACGAACGGACCGCAAAACGACCGCAACACACAAGGGCAAAACGCAUCGAGUGCAGACAUACGUGAAGAGGGCGUGUUCGACGUCGUCUGGCAGGAACUUGCCAAGACGAAGAAGAUCGAAAGCGCUCGACGCGUCCUGCGCGAUACCGAAAUCAAAUGA